AACACAUAGAAAGAGGACAACAAAUCAGGAGGGAGAAGGAGGAAAGACGGCUGGAGAUGGAAAGAAAACAGGAGAGGGCAAGACAACAAGAGGAGCAGGAUCAAAAACAAGAGAUUGAAAUUGCUAGACAGAAAGAAAUGUUGAGACUAAGAGAGGAGGAGAGGCAGAGAGAGGAGGAGAGAGAGGAGCAGAGAAAGAAAGCCAUUAAAUGCCAUUUAUCUUUAAUCAGAGAGAGAGAAAAUAUAAUACAGGCAAAAAAAAGAGAGGAGAUGGUGGAAGAGGAAAGAAGGGAGAUCCUUGAGUACAAGAGGGGUGAGUUAGAGGAGGAGGAGAAGGAAGAUGACAAGGAGGACAUUCUCCCACCUGAUAAAAGUAUCAGAAGGAGAGCUGUGGGCUGGGUGAAUAAAACAUGGGAGAAGAGGAACCUCAGAAAGAUAGAGAGAACGUAUCAGAGAGAGGCUGAGGAGGGCUAUAAGAUCGUCCACAUAGCCAUCCCUGGACACACAAGGCUAACAUCCACCAUGACCCGGGCAGAGAGAGAGAGGGAGAAGAGGAAGGAGCUGCUGAAGGCUGAGGAGAGAAGGAAGAAGAUGGAGGAUUUCAAUAAGCAGUGGAGAGAGCGGUCCCUGCUUAAAAAACACACUCAUCAAAAACUGAAGGAGGAGAGGGAGAGGAUGAAGGAAAACUACCUGGAGCAGAUGAAUCUGGAGGCUGAUGCUCAAAUCAACACCCGGUGUCUAACCACCCAACACAGCCACGAUUACAACCACGGUCAGGAGUUGCCCAGGUGGGCCACAGGCCAGCAGGUAAGCCAAGAGAGGCAACAGGCAUGGGCAGACAACCAGGAGGGGAGUUCAGAGAACCAGCAGGAGGGGCCAGAGAACCAUCAGGGGGGGCCAGACAGCCAGCAGCUAGAAGCUCCAGAAGAGGCUGAAACAUCAGAGCCAAUCUCCAACACAAAGACAAAGAAAAAGCCAAGCAUCUGGAAGAAAAUUAGGAUGAGCCUUCCUGACGUGCUGUCUGCCUAGAGCUGGAACUCGAUGAAGCCACAGUUCCACUGAGGUUACGUUGGUAAUUAAAAGUGUCGCCCAAUAAUUCCUCCUCCUCUUUAAGUCAUCGAGCCACAUUUCCUCCUCAAA